CUUUUCUUCAAUGACUGAACUUUCAUUUGAACAUUUCGACCCUGAAAUUGAACUAUGCAAUUUAGAUAUACAUGGAAGGCCUAUCAAACCGCGCAGAAAACCAGGCAGAAAACCCAAUCCACCGUCACCUGCCCAACGCAAAGCUCAAAAUAGAGCUGCUCAACGUGCAUUUCGUGAACGUAAACGACAGGAAAUGCAUAACGCAGAGACCAAUAUCAAAAAAUGCAUUCAUAUGAGAGACCUAGCAAUCAAACAAGUCAAGCAGUUAGAACAAAAAGUCGAUGAACUUUUGUAUGAAAACAACUUUCUCAAAGGACAAGUGCUGACUCUAAAAAUUGCAUGCAUGGCAAAUCGAGUAGAUGUGCCAAAAUUUUGGGACACUGGUAUCCGAGAUAAAAUGGGAUCUGAUAUAACAACAUCUUCUCGGACAAGGGAAUUUCCACAACCACUGGAGUUUUUUCUGGACAAUAAAAAAUUCAUUAUCACAAUGAAUGUGAAUGAUCUAGCAGCAUAUACUCCUCCUCCAUCGGAUGCUCCCAUCUCGCCUGAUUUAUCGACAGAUCAACAAAUGCCAACACAAGUAGUCAAUGACAAUAGCUUUCUACUUGAUUCCUUACUCUCGCCUCCGCCUGAUCAGCAAUCACCAUUAGCCGGUUUACUUCAAAUGGAUGAUAUUUCAAACCUUAUCCAAGCAGCUUCAACUGCUGAUAUUGAUCCUAUGUUAAUUGACUAUUUAAUGCAGCCUAAUACAAUGAAUGAAAUAAUGAGCGUCAUUAAAGAUGUGCCACCUGAAUUAUGGUUGACUUUGAUACCACCGCAAUUAGUUACACUCAUUCCACUAGAAAUUCGAUCUUUUAUCACGACUGUUCAAGAAGAAUCCAUACAAAAGCAGCAUCAGCAACAGGAAGUUAUCUCUACACCUUCUACCACUACUACUCAAUAUGAUACUACAUUCAAGCCUGCAAUGCCCGUAGAAGAUGAUUUUUGGACUGAUAUUAAAGACCCUGUAUCACCAUCUGCAGCCAAUAAAGUAUACGUAGCUGGACCUAUAUUACCAUUAGAUGCUGUAAAUCAAAUGCGGGCUAUACGAGAUCAAAAUGAUAGCCAAUAUUUAUUGAAACCUACUGAACUUCAGCGAAGAAUUCCUCAUGACCCAAGAAUUGAUUUAAUUCCAGGACCUACUAUGCGAGAUUAUAUGAUUAUAUUUCAGGAUUUUUAUGAUGCUAAUGAACUGUUCAAUUUCUUGAUUGAAUCUGCCAUGUUUAUAGGAGGUGAGCUUGGUAAUCCAGAUUGUUGGUUUGUGCCACCAAGUUUUAUUUCCAAGUAUUGGUUCCUGUGCCCAAAUUAUAAACCAACACGGCCUGAUAACUCUGUUGAGUUCGCUGUCUUUUUAGCUCAGAGAAUGCUGAAUCGAUUAAAAAGACGAAAGGAGUUGUAUAUCAUGCGAGACUUGAACCCAGAUCUGUUUCCUUCUCCAAACAUGGUGAAGGAAGAGAUAACUGACUACCAAGGAGACGAAGAAAAAGAUAAGGCACAAACAGAAAAGAAUGAUGCAUCAAUAGACAUACUUGUGAUUGAAACAAUCAAUCAGAAAGCGAUUCCACGCAUUAAAUCACCUAAUGUUUUUACAGUGUAGAAAUAAAACUAUUCGUAAAAGGUCGAAUAUUACCAAGUGCUUUAUUUAAUCAGGGAGGA